CGGCACCGGGUGCGGUGCCCCUGCCGCGGGCCGGGCGGGGCGGGCUCGGUGCCGGGGGCGGGGCAGGCAUCGCCGGCCGCACGGGCUCCAUUUUGCGGUGUGGCUGCGGAGAGAGGCCGGAGGCUCCGCAGGUUCCCUCAGAAUGUCAUACCCAGGUUAUCCCCCUUCUGAUGGCUACCCUGCUUUCCCAGGUUAUCCUCCAACAGGACAGGAGUCUGUCUAUCCACCAGCUGGUCAGUAUGCCUAUCCUGCUGUUCCUGGAGGAUUCCCUCCAGCAGGAGGAGGGACCUAUCCUGCAGCACCACCGAAUGCUGGGUUUCCAGGGGCAGCAGGGUAUCCUGCCCCGGGAGGCUACCCUGCUUCAGGGGGCUUCCCUGGAGCUCCCCAGGCUGGAGGAAUGCCACCUUAUCCUGGAGGCCCUGGCUUUGCUGUACCUCCCACUGGGCCUGGCUUUGGUGGCUAUCCACAGCAGCCUCCUGCCCAAAGCUAUGCUGGAGGUGGACCAGCACAAAUUCCAGGAUUUCCUGGUGGACAUGUACCAUCUCCAAUGCCUGGUAUGCCUGCUGCAGUGGUUCAGUGUACCCAGGGUACAAUUCAAGCUGCGCCAAACUUCGAUGCUGGAAGGGAUGCAGAAAUCCUACGCAAAGCUAUGAAGGGUUUUGGAACUGAUGAGCAGGCCAUUAUAAAUGUUGUUGCUAACCGCUCCAACGAUCAAAGGCAAAAAAUCAAGACAGCUUUCAAGACUAUGUAUGGCAAGGAUUUAAUUAAAGAUCUGAAGUCCGAGUUAAGUGGUAAUGUGGAAGAAUUGAUUCUAGCCCUCUUCAUGCCUAGUACCUACUAUGAUGCCUGGAGUUUACAUCAUGCAAUGAAGGGAGUAGGCACUCAGGAGAGUGUGUUGAUUGAGAUCCUUUGCACAAGGACAAACCAGGAGAUUCGUGAAAUAGUGAACUGCUAUAAAUCAGAAUUUGGAAGGGACAUUGAACAAGACAUCAGAUCAGACACUUCAGGACACUUUGAACGAUUACUUAUAUCUAUGUGCCAAGGUAAUCGUGAUGAGAAUCAAACUGUGGAUUAUCAAAAAGCUCAAGAAGAUGCUCAGCGCCUGUACCAAGCGGGUGAAGGAAGACUUGGGACUGAUGAAUCUUGCUUUAAUAUGGUUCUGGCAAGCAGAAGCUUUCCCCAGCUGAAAGCAACAGUUGAGGCAUACUCCAGGAUUGCUAAUCGUGAUUUAUUAAGCAGCAUUGAUAGAGAAUUUUCUGGAAAUGUGGAACGUGGUUUGAAGACUAUUGUGCAAUGUGCUUUAAAUCGCCCAGCCUUUUUUGCAGAAAGACUUUAUUAUUCUAUGAAAGGAGCUGGCACAGAUGAUUCUACCCUCAUCAGAAUUGUAGUCACUCGCAGUGAGAUUGACCUUGUGCAAAUUAAACAGAUGUUCACACAGAUGUAUCAGAAGACACUGGCUACAAUGAUAGCAAGUGAUACAAGCGGUGAUUACCGGCAGUUGCUGCUGGCAAUUGUUGGGCAAUAGAAGAGGAUUAUCUGGUUUUUUGGUUUGUUUUUUUUUUUGAAACAAACUGAAGGACAUGAAACAUACUUUAAGUAGAUACUAACUAUCCCUGUAAAAGAAUAAUUUUAAAGGUUGCCUAAUCAAAUAUGCCUUCUUGAUGAUUCAGUAAUCUUUUUGCACUUAAAAUGCCUUAAUUGACAGCACAUAAUAUUCUUUAUUGUAUAAUAAAAGAUGUAUCUUGUCUAUUA